AUGGAGGUGGCUGGGGUGGGAGCUCUGUUCCUUCUCUGUGUGCUCCUCACUUUGUUCUUCUCAUCCUUCAAAAUGUACAAGAAGAAAGGCCAGCUGCCUCCUGGACCUGCUCCUUGGCCCUUUUUGGGGAAUUUCCUGCAGAAAGACGUCCUGCCUCUAUACAAAUCCUAUAACAAGCUCAUUGACAAGUAUGGGCCCAUCUUCACUGUCUGGAUGGGACCAACACCUGUGGUCGUACUCUGUGGAUAUGAAGUGGUGAAAGAUGCUUUUUUGGAUCAUGCCGAAGAGUUUGGUGGGCAUCCUGCCAUCCCCAUCCGAGACAAAGUAGGAAAGGGUCAAGGGCUGACCAGCAGAGAUGAGACAAAAUGGAGGGAGCUCCGGCGGUUCACCCUUUCCACCCUGCGCGAAUUUGGCAUGGGGAAGAAAACAAUGUCCAAGAAGGUGCAGGAGGAAGCUCUUUGCCUGGUGGAGGAAAUGGCUGCCACACAAGGGAAGUCCUUUGAUCCCAGAAGAAGAAUCUCACAGGCUGUUUCUAAUGUGAUCUGCUCUGUUAUCUAUGGGAGUCGGUUUGACUAUAAUGAUGAGACUUUCCAAGAGCACCUGUUCAUUGCCCAAGGCCUAGUGAACCUCUAUCACUCUUUUUUAGGACUGUUUUACUGCUGUCUCCCUCAAAUAAUGGAUUAUGUGCCUGGACAUCACAACAAGGUUUUUGCUAAUUGUGAAAAGCUGUGCGCCUUCAUCCGCGAGACAGUGGAAUCUCAUAGACAGACGUUGGAUCUUCAGAACCCUCGUGACUAUAUUGACUGCUUUCUAAUGAGGAUGGAGAAGGAACAAAACUCUGGUGAGCAGAUCUUCAGCCUUGAAGACCUUGUCGCAUGCUUGUUUGAACUCUUUCUUGCUGGGUCAGAAAGCACAGCUUCUACUAUUGUCUACAGCAUCCUGGUGAUGGCUAAGCUGCCACACAUUCAAGCAAAAGUCCAACAGGAGAUUGAUGACGUGGUUGGUGACAAUCGUGUCCCUGGUAUGGAAGACCGGGUGAAGAUGCCCUUCACCAAUGCCGUUGUCCAUGAGAUUCAACGAUACCGAAAACAAAAUAGCGAGAGCUUCCCACAUGCAAUGAGUCAUCAUACAGCAUUCAGGGGCUUUACCAUCCCUAAGGAUACUGCUGUCACUCCAUUACUGACAUCGGUGCAUUUUGACCCUCUGCAGUGGGAGACUCCCGAAAAGUUUAACCCGGGCCAUUUCUUGGAUGAGAAGGGCCAGUUCAGGAGAAGAGAUGCCUUCAUUCCCUUUUCAAUAGGAAAGCGGGCAUGCCCAGGGAAAGCACUGGCUCAGAUGGAGCUCUUCCUGUUGUUCAGCAUUCUGCUGCAGAACUUCACCUUCCAGCUGGUUGGAGAUGCCAAAAACAUGGACCUAAUGUCUUUGUUUUCAGAGCUCAAAAGAAGGAACCAAUGUGCUCCAGUACAAGCGAUUAGUCGCAAAGUGUGA